AAAACAUGUAUCUCUUCUGUGUCACUCCUUAAUCAGAAACCACUGUCAGACGGUUUAACAGAGUGAGACACUCUCACACUGAACAACUCUCUGUUCAGCGUUUUUAAUAAGCAAAGCAAAUACGAAAUACCGAACCAACUUACGAACGCAACAAAAUCUAUCCCUCCUUCUCUCUCUAUAACAAUGGCAGAACCCAAAGUUAAGUAUGAUCGCCAACUCAGGAUAUGGGGUGAACAAGGACAGGCAGCACUUGAGAAAUCUAGUAUUUGCUUACUUAACUGUGGCCCUACUGGCUCUGAAACACUUAAGAAUCUUGUUCUUGGUGGGAUAGGAAGCAUCACUGUAGUUGAUGGAUCUAAAGUUGAAGUGGGUGAUCUUGGAAACAAUUUUCUGGUGGAUGAGUCAAGUGUCGGGCAGUCAAAGGCAAAAUGUGUUAGCUCAUUUCUUCAAGAGCUAAACGAUUCUGUUAAAGCAAAAUUUGUAGAGGAGUAUCCAGAGGCAUUGAUUGAGACAAACCCAUCAUUCUUUUCUCAGUUUACUUUGGUCAUUGCCACACAGCUUGUCGAAAGUUCAAUGAUAAAGCUUGAUCGAAUCUGCCGGGAGGCAAACGUUAUUUUGAUCUUUGCUCGUUCCUAUGGCCUUACAGGGUUUGUUCGAAUUAGUUUGAAGGAGCAUACUGUCAUCGAGUCAAAGCCUGAGCAUUUUCUGGAUGACCUCCGGUUAAAUAAUCCUUGGCUUGAACUAAAGAGUUUUGCAGACAGCAUUGACUUGACUGUGCAAGAUCCUGUUGCUCAUAAGCACAUACCAUAUGUUGUCAUUCUUGUCAAGAUGGCUGAUGAGUGGGCCAAAAGCCAUGGUGGUAAGCUCCCAUCAACAAGAGAACAAAAAAAGGAGUUCAAGGAUCUUUUGAAGGCCAGGAUGGUUUCACAAGAUGAAGAUAAUUAUAAAGAAGCUAUUGAAGCAUCAUUCAAAGUGUUUGCUCCCCGAGGAAUUAGUUUGGAUUUGCAGAGGAUACUAAAUGAUAGUUCUUCUGAGGUGGACUCUAAUUCAUCAGAUUUUUGGGUGUUGGUGGCUGCUCUGAAGGAAUUCAUUGCAAAUGAAGGUGGUGGGGAGGCACCACUUGAAGGAUCUAUACCGGAUAUGACAUCUUCCACCGAGCAAUAUAUUAAUUUGCAGAAUAUCUAUCUAGCUAAGGCUGAGGCUGACUUUCUUGUAAUGGAACAACUAGUGAGAAGUAUCUUGAAGAAGAUUGGUCGAGAUUCAAAUAGCAUUCCAAAGGCAACAAUUAGAAGUUUCUGUAAAAAUGCAAGAAAACUCAGAGUUUGCAGGUACCGGUCAAUUGAAGAUGAAUUUAAUUCUCCAAACCUACCUGAGUUGCAGAAGUACCUAACUGAUGAGGAUAGCAGCAGUGGCGGAGCCACGUUUGUGGGAAGGGGGGCAAUGGCCCCUCCCAAACCUCUAAAUUUUCACAUUGCUGUAGGAAUUUAUAUUUUGCUUCGUGCUGUGGACCGGUUUGCUGCUAAUUACAACAGUUUUCCUGGACAGUUUGACAGUGCAACGGAUGAGGAUAUACCAAGAUUGAAGAGCGCAGCUAUUAGCCUCCUAAGUGACCUGGGAUGCAAUGGAACCGCUUUGGCUGAGGACCUCAUCAAUGAGAUGUGUCGAUUUGGUGCAGCAGAGCUUCAUGCUGUGGCUGCUUUGGUUGGUGGAAUUGCAUCCCAAGAAGUGAUCAAGCUCAUAACAAGGCAGUUUGUACCGAUGUCCGGAACCUACAUCUUCAAUGGCAUUGACCACAAGUCACAGCUGUUGUCCCUGUAAUUUGAUUUCCCAAUGAUUAACUUGCUGGUAUGGUAUGGCUUCAUGGCCUUCUGCGCAGUGGUGUUGAAUGUAGAUUCUCAUUGCAAGAUUCUUGCUUUGCUUUGCCCUUUAUAGCACCCCAUUUUUGAAGCAUUUUUUACUCUACCUGCCACAAGUGGAGUCCUGUUAUGUAACGGGAUUUUUUGUAACUUAGUGCUGAUAUUUAUGUCCAAGAAAUGAUAGAUUGUAGAUUGCAUAGUGUGAGAGACAUUUGAUUACAAAAAUGGUUUGCUAACCUUAUAAAAUGCAUGCUAUUUGAUUACGUUGUAAAUUAAAA